CCUACAUCGAGGGGCUCAUCGCCCGCGCCAUUCCAGUUGGAGCAAGCCGUCGACUCGACGAUCGGGGGCAACUUGGCAACGGCCGUCGCCGGUUAUCCGAAAAUUGUCCGGAUACGACGACAAGUUGACGCAAAGUCAGUCGAUCAGAACAUGUCGAGCCACCACCCGACGUACACCCUGGCUGCCUUGAUGGCCCUUGGCGGUGUCAUGGGCUACGUGAAGCGCAGGUCUGUGAUCUCUCUUGUGGCGGGUGUUGGUGUUGGCGCCGGGUUUGGCUUUGCAGGGUACCUGCUGCAACAAGGUCAAAUGACGAACGGCCACGCGACUGCGCUCGCGCUGAGCUCGGUCACGAUGGCCGCCAUGGGUGUCCGCGCCAUCAAGACCAAGGCCACCGUUCCCAUCGUCGUUUCGUCGCUGUGCGCUGUCUCGGCCGCGUACCAUGCCCAAAAGUAUUUUGAAUGGGCCGGGCAAGAAUAGCACGUCCCGACCGUGUGCUUUGUGCACGAGAGUGAACCCGGUGGCAUCCGCCGUGCUCCCUCCACGUUUGCCGUGUUUCUAGCGAUCCCCAACUCGGGGCGGCAACACUGAAUGCAUACAUUACUCCUC